CCGAGGAUUGUCCAAGAGGUGGUCGUAGCAUCAUCAGGAGAAAGUCAUCGCCAUGGGGAACUGCUGUGAGCGCGCCGGCAACUUUUUUGGCCCCCAGAAGAACACCAAUGUGCGUGUCAGUCUGCCGGCCGUCUGCUUCGUCUGGCAGAUCGCUAUGAUUAUUCUGUUUGGGGUUUUCAUCCGAUACGACAAGGAGUCCGACGCACACUGGCCAGAGACCAAAAGAGAGGAGAACAUCACCAGCGAUGUGGAGAAUGACUUCUACUUCAGAUAUCCCAGUUUCCAGGAUGUCCAUGUCAUGAUCUUUGUUGGUUUUGGUUACCUCAUGACCUUCCUGAAGCGCUACAGCUACAGCGGUGUGGGUUUCAACUUCCUGAUCGCCUCCUUCGGUCUGCAGUGGGCUCUGCUCAUGCAGGGCUGGUUCCACUCCCUCGACCCAGCCACAGGAAAAAUCUACAUCGGAGUGGAGAGUCUGAUCAACGCUGACUUCUGCUGUGCCGGCUCACUGAUUGCAUAUGGUGCCCUCCUUGGCAAAGUGAGCCCUGUCCAGCUGAUGGUUGUCACUUUAUUUGGUGUGACACUGUUUGCUGUGGAGGAAUACAUCAUCCUCGACCUUCUUCACUGCAGAGACGCUGGCGGCUCCAUGGUCAUUCACUGCUUCGGCGGCUACUACGGUUUGGCAAUCUCCUGGGUGCUCUACCGACCAAACCUCCACCAAAGCAAACGCCUCCACGGGUCCAUUUACCACUCUGAUUUGUUUGCCAUGAUUGGCACACUGUUCCUGUGGAUGUUCUGGCCCAGUUUCAACUCUGCCAUCACAGACCAUGGCGACGGGCAGCACAGGGCAGCCAUUAACACCUACAUUGCUCUGGCCUCCUCUGUUCUAACCAGCAUAGCCAUCUCCAGCAUGUCUCAGAAGAGAGGAAAGCUCGACAUGGUGCAUAUCCAGAAUGCCUCCCUGGCAGGUGCUGUUGCCAUGGGAACGGCUGCAGAGUUCAUGAUCACUCCUUACGGUUCCCUAAUCGUUGGUUUCUGCAUGGGAAUCAUCUCCACUUUUGGCUACCUGUUUGUCACGCCCUUUUUGGAGAAGCAUUUCAAGCUUCAGGACACAUGCGGCGUCCAUAACCUGCAUGCGGUACCAGGCAUGCUUGGUGGUUUCAUCGGUGCUAUUGUUGCAGCAGCAGCCACAGAAGAAGUCUACAGCAAAGAGGGGUUGAUCAAUACAUUCGACCUGGAGGGCAAAUUUAAAGACAGAGACCUGGGAACACAGGGAGGCUUUCAGGCAGCUGGAACGUGUGUAUCAAUUGCAUUCGGACUCAUUGGAGGAGCCAUUGUUGGUUUCAUCUUGAAAUUCCCCAUCUGGGGCGAUCCUGCUGAUGACAACUGCUUCGACGAUGAGACUUACUGGGAGCUUCCUGAGGAUGAAGAGACCGUUCCUCCUGUCUUGGAGUACAACAAUCACAUGAUUCACAAACAGCAAGACAUCAGAUCUGAGUCAAACUUCUCCGUGGAGCAGAGUUAGAGCCUUGAUGUAGGGAACCAGACUCAUCAUACAAAGCUGAACUUGAUGCCACUGCGAAGAAACACGUAUUUAUGUUUGAAAUGAAAAAAUGAGCAAAGAUCUUUCGACCUCUGAUGUCCGGUAACAUUCACACCUGCUCAGUUUGUUAAGGAUCUAAUUAUUGGAAACCUGUAAAAAAUAAUUGAUUCAGCAAAUCAAUUCUGACCAAAUAAUCCAUAUUAUGCCAGCAGACGUUUCAGAAAGAAAACAGCUACUUUUCAAACUACCAUAUCAGAUUUAUUUAGCCCCUCUCAAUUUAGAAGAAAGUGGUGGAAUUUGAAUGGAAAAUGUCAGGUUUUGUUGUGAGCCUGUAUAAUAUGAUAUCAGAGAUACUUUGUGUAAGUAACUGAGAGAGGUGCUCUGAGAGCAAUUUCCAUGAGUUAUUAAAUGUAUUUGUUUAUUAGUUUAGCUGAUAUAUUCCAAUUAUUAAGGCCUAUAGACCUUUGUUUGUGCCAUUGUUAAAAAUUGUCUUUUGGAAUGUAUUACAUUGCAUUUCCAAUAUAAGAGAGGGUGUGUAAGAAUCAAAAAGUAUUUGUGCUGUCAAAUAAUUAAAGUUUUUAUAAUAGCAUAUUUACUUAUUUUUAUCAAACUACCUAUGGUUAGAUGUAAUGUACUAUAUGUAAAUAUAAUUUCACCUGGAUCCCAAACAAAAAAGUUGACUAAUCUUAUGGUGGAGAAGAAAGUCUGAGGAGCCAUAAUACAGCGUCUUGCAGUGUAUAAUGCUGUAGUUUUGUACAUUACCUCCAAUAGCCAAAGAAAGUGCAUUUGAUGGGAACCUCUCAUUUUUGUCAUACUUUACAGACAUAGUAUGCUGCAUCAGUGACUGGCAUCAUAACAGAAAUAUGACAAAAAAUACCAAAUUAUAAAUUAUUUCAAAUAAAACUAGUAAAUAUUUGACAGCUGCUAUUUAAAUGCUAAAAAAUAGCUUUUUCAGUUUUUGAAAACUGUUCUGUAAACAGAACAGUUUGGGCUGAAAAUGUUUCCAGAGGUGCUCCAGUUGCUCUAUUCUAGUAUUUUUAGUAGAGGGUGCACUACUCUGGUCAAAAGUAGCCAAUGAUGCAUAUGUAAGACGCAUUGUUACUGUAUAGAUAGUUAAUGCACUUUCUUUGGAUGUCUUACAGUACAUGUGACUGUAUGUGAUAGGCUGCAUAUUAUAUUGACAUGUUAUUAUACCAGAUGUAAAACAUCAUUUAAUGCAUUUAACCCUGGUAUUGAAAUAAAAAUAUUAAAACAAUACAGCAGUGAUCAUUUUCUAUUAACAAUUAUGUCUGGUGUGACAAAAUUUUAACUAAACUGAUCCACUGCUACAUUGAAUAAUGCAAACACUGCAGGGAGUGUAGAUGCUGUCAAAUCCCAUCUUACCGAAAGAGGA